AUGUGUAUAGACUAUAGGCAGUUAAACAAGGUCACUGUUAAGAAUAGUUACUUACUCCCUCACAUUAAUGAUCUUUUUGAUCAAUUACAAGAAGCUCAAUGUUUCUCAAAGAUUGAUUUGCGAUCGGGGUAUCAUCAGUUGAGGAUUAGAAAUGAGGAUAUUCCUAAAACUGCCUUUAGGACUCGUUAUGGGCAUUACGAAUUCCUAGUGUUGUCUUUUGGGUUAACGAAUGCACCUGCAGCUUUUAUGGAUAUGAUGAAUAGGGUUUUUAGGCCUUUUAUUGAUAAGUUUGUUAUUGUGUUCAUUGAUGACAUCCUGGUGUAUUCAAGAAGUGAAGAGGAACAUAAAGAGCAUUUGAGAUUGGUGCUUCAAACUCUAAGAGAUCAUCGAUUGUAUGGAAAGUUCUCGAAAAGCGAGUUUUGGUUAGAGAGUGUUAGGUUUUUGGGACAUGUGGUGUCCAAAAAUGGGAUAGAGGUUGAUCCACAAAAAGUGGAGGCAGUUAAGCAGUGGCCUAGACCAGUUACGGCUAAGUCAGACUUGGUAGACUGGAUUAAAGUAGCUCGGAUGAAGGAUGAGCGACUUUGCAAGAUUCUAGAUGAAUUGGAGUUAGGGAGAGCUCCGGGUUUUGUUAUCCACGAAGAUGGUGUUGAGAUUUGGGUUAAAGGUAAGCAUCAGAAACCACCAGGGCUUUUGCAGCCAUUGUUGAUUCUUAAAUGGAAAUGGGAGAGGAUUACUAUAGACUUUAUGUCAGGUUUACCUCGGAGUCAAGAGGGUUAUGAUUCGAUUUGGGUGGUAGUUGAUUGUUUGACCAAGUCAGCUCAUUUCUUGCCAGUAAAGGUGACAUAUGGGUUUGCAAAAUUGGCAGAAAUCUACUUUAACGAGAUCUUGCAGUUGGCGGAGUGGAGUGGGAAGCAACCUUGCGAGAGGAGAAACAAUUGUUGUCACUGGCCUGGAGUGAGGUUGGAGGUGGUUCGGGUAAUCGCCCUGAAGCUGAUGGCGGCAUCUGUGGAGGAGUCGAUGUUGUUGCUGCCAAUACUGGAGAAGGAAGAAAAUGAAAAUGAUGGCGUUGAUGGGCUAUUGCUGCUGUGGAGGAAAAAGAAGGUGCUUUCAGCGGAGGGAAAUAAGUGUGGUGGAGAAAAUGAGUAUAAAUGA